AGUGGAUUUUGCUCAUGGUCAGAUUUGAUCUUGUCCUAGUAGCCUCACGCUGACCAUUUCUUUUUCCUCAUUUCUCUAACUGUUCUUGCGUAAGUGAAAAAAUAACCAGUAAAAAAAAAAUAAAAGAAAAGAAACAAAUUACUUUUGUUUCUAUAUUCUUCUUCUGAUUCUGCCCUUCACAGUUUAAUGGAAAAUUUUAGGUGGAAGCUUCAGUUUAGCUUGUGUCUUUUACAUGGAUAGACUGGUGAUAAAGACACCAAAGAAAUCUCCAUUGCUAUUGAGAAUGGCGGUCUUACUCUUCAGUAUGGUUUGUGGAGUGUACAUUUUCUCAAUUUGUACAACGCAAAUGGCUUAUUUCAGGGAUAGUAAUUUGCUAAAACUCAAACAGAUUCAAAAACAAUGCCCAGCUUCUGGAAUUGAAAUAAGUGAAACUGCAUAUCUACAUUUUCCAGAACCCAAAACCUUUAGCAGGCAAGAAUGUGCCUGCAAUCCAGUAAAAUUUUUUGCUAUCAUAUCGAUGCAGAGAUCUGGCAGUGGAUGGUUUGAGACAUUGUUAAAUAGCCAUGAGAAUGUCAGCUCAAAUGGUGAAAUCUUUGGGGCAAGAGAUAGGAGGAGGAACUUAUCUGUGAUAUAUGGGAUUAUGGAUAAGGUAUACAAUCUGGACUGGUACAGCAGCGCAUCAAAGAAUGAGUGUUCAGCUGCAGUCGGGUUUAAAUGGAUGCUUAACCAGGGAUUGACAGAGUACCAUGAAGGGAUAGCAGAAUACUUCAAGAAGAGAGGUGUACAUGCAAUAUAUCUCUUCAGAAGAAAUCAUCUGCGCAGAAUGAUAUCCCUGAUUGCAAAUGUCUAUGACAAAGAUGCUAAAUUGUUGAACGGAACGCACAAAUCUCAUGUGCAUUCACCACAAGAGGCUCAAGUACUUGCGAGUUACAAGCCUUCAAUCAAUACCACACGACUUGUACCUAAUCUCAAGAAAGAAGAACAGACUACCGCCAGGGCUCUGGAAUAUUUCAAAACCACUAGACACAUUGUCCUCUACUAUGAGGAUGUUGUCAGAAACCACACGAAACUAAUAGAUGUUCAGGACUUCCUGAAGCUACCACACAGAAACCUGAGUAGCCAUCAGGUUAAGAUACACUCUGGCUCAUUAUCAACGCAGAUCAAGAAUGGAGAAGAUGUGCAGAGAGCUUUAAAGGGAACACCAUAUGAACGCUUCCUGAAUUCAGAUUACUGAUUGUGGUUUAAAUCCAAUUUUUUUAUAAGUA